CGGCUUCCCUGUCAGACGGGACGUUCGUGGCGUCCGUGUGUCGUGUACGGAGGUCGCCUCGGUUGCUCUUGCAGAAAUUAUAUAGAAGUUUGCAGUCGGAACUCAUUACUAUUAUAACAAUUAAUUAUGAGUAAAAAUAGGCAAGAACGGCAAACUUUAUAUCAGAAACUUCUCUUGCUGGGCACCGAUAAGCACGGGUCAGAGAGAGUGCUGUACCCAACUAAACCCAAAGGUUCGGUGCAGAAAGUACCAAUACUUGGAGGGACACCCAUCUCUGCUGACACUGCCGAGGCGUUGAGGAAACAGGUGUUUGGCUCUGCUGAACUACGGAGUCCGAUGGAGAGUGAGUGGCUGGGUCAGUCCUUCUGUUUCAACGACGCCGACACGCCUCAGAGCUACAGUCUGAAGAUGCCCAAGGUCACCAACAAGGGUUUGGCUAUGUGUGUCCAGGGCUUUAUCCUCAAGCACUUGCUCUUCACCAGACGAGGUCCUAGAGUGGUGACUGACCCCUCUACGUUACUGCGGGCGACGACAAGAGCGCAGGAGGAGGCGCUAGUAGGAGCCCUCAGUGACAUCCUGUGGAAGGCCGGGGAGCGACAACACGCAGUCCUUUGUCUAACACAGGAGAACGUCUACGUCAACGACUCGUCGUCCUACCAGACCGAUGGAUGCACCGAGAGGAUUCACACCUUCGAGUUCAAAAAGCAAGAUGAGCUUACCUUCAAUCUUAAGAAGUAUCUCUUUGAGUUCCUGGCAGAGGAUGGCAACGGGUUGCUGCUCUUCCUGUACAGUGUCGUCCUCUCACGGGGUUUUGCAAAGAUAGUCGAUGACAUGGACGGAGAAGAGAAUAGUCUGUUGCAGAGCAACGGGACCAUCCACCCGGCACUGGCUACCUUGCUACUAACGGGGCGCGCUACUCUCUACCUCCACAACGGUAUCAUCUACGAGGGCUCUGAAGAUACCAUGGCCAAAGCCAGAACGGGCAUUGUGACCCGGGCUGAGGUGGGGUUGCUGGUGUGGUCGAGAGAGGAAGACGGUGGCAGGAGCAGUGUGGGCUCGCGCCUCAAAACUCCUUCAUUCCCAGUCUGGGUUACACGAUGUAAGGACAUGUAUGGCAUCCUCUUUAACCCUAACAAGGAGCUCACUCGGGAUUACCAUGCUGAGAACAGAUUCGACCUCCACUACUACUCCGCUAAUCCCAACCAGACUACAGCAACUAUAAUUACCAUCGACACUCGCAGUCAAACUACCAGAGACGAGUACCACUCCCCACCUCGAAACCUGAUUCAUACCAAGUGGCAAGGGGCCGAAGUCAAUUGGAACGGGUCGGCGCCUUAUGUCUAGAUUGUAACGCUAUGCAGGAUCCUGAAGUGUUCUUGCUGCAGAGGUUUGGGGCAUGAGGCUUUCUUCAUGCAGGAGCCCAAUGUCAGCCAGCGUCCUCUGGGCCUCAAGCCUGUAACAUCAUCCUCCGGCAUCCUCGACUUCUGCAACGUCUUCCUGCAUCCCCAAAAUUAUCUCAUACUUUUUCUGUAUUGUUUCGAUAUAAUAAUGCUUUGAAAAAUCUUGUAUUAUGUUUCACGAAGCACUUCUUACAGAAUAACAAUAAAGGGUAUAUGAACAGCGACAGAUUAUACGUAAAAGGACACUAACAUUUUUUAACUCAUUCUUGAAGGCAACGUUUUCCUCUACUAGAGGUAUUUUUAAGUCAGUAGACAAAAAUGAAGAGAACAAUAUUUAACGGCAGGAGAAAGUAGAGUGGGGUGCAGUAUUAGAGAUAAGGUUCAAUUUGAUGUCUGGUCACGACGAGAUGUUGUGCUCAGUAUCUUUUUGCAGAGGCUUGGCGAAGUGAAAACUUCCGUGAAUUUUUAUCUCUGAUGUUGGAAGUUGUGAUGUCUCUAAACACUUUCUCUUUGAAUUUAUUACUCUUUGUUGACUCGUUUGGCUAAUGCUCAUUGCAUCAAGCGGGCAUGUAAAUUAUGAUAUUCAACUCGAGCAUUAUCAAGAUUGAUCGAGAAGUACAUUUGUGGUUGUUUAUUCGCACUGACAGGCUCCUGCCAGUUUUUACAACGUACAAUUCUAUCACAUGCUCUACAAGGAAUUUCAUAUAUCCUAAAAUUAGCAUUCUUUUCUUGACUGUACGUUUAAUAUUUUUAUGUCUUGUGAGUUUCAGUAUAUUUUGCUUCCUGCAUAGUUAAUAAAAUUUAUGAUUUUGAUCGGCACCUUACCUACGUAUAUGUCAAAGUUGCUCUCGAUUUUGGUUGUGAUGAGUGUCUUUGUGGCUUUCCUUCUGCAAUCUCAUAUAAAUACUGUGGGCUGCUAGCGUAAUAUAAAAAAGAAUGUCACUGAUAUUGUUACACCCUUUUAGGAAUUAUUGGUUGUGAAUUCUAAAGGCACGCAGGAAAGAUCCAAGAAUCAUCUUUUUUUCUUUUUAAGAUUCGUUGUGUGACCAAUGGAGUAUAAGGUCAAUUAUGAUGGUUGGCAUAUAAUAGACUUGAAAAAGAACUUGAACCUGGAAUUGAAGGUAUUCAUACUCGGUUUAAGGAAUUGGAGCACAGGUCCAAUUCCUUUGAUCAAGAGACCCCUCACCCCUCCUGAGGGGGUCAUGGAUGAGAUACGUCGAUGUCAUCAUCGUAGCUCCUGAAAAUCUUUAUUUAAGUACGUCUUCUUCACACCUUAAACAGUACUCAACCCUCAGAAUAAUUCACCUUAGAAAAGCAGUUGAGCAGCACACUCCCGCAUCUUGCUUUUCUUAUCUACAAACUACAGAUGUCUUAUCUUUUCAAGUCUUUCGUAAACCAACCAUCACAAGUGACCUCACACACUAUUGUUCACACCACGACACCAAAAGAAAAAGACGUAUCCUGAUCGGUUUUGUUUUGUGCUUGGCUAUAGGAUAACCAGUCCAGAUUUUCUUGAACAGGAAUGUAACAAAGACAUAGUAUUGAAAUUAUUCUGUCUUACAUUAUACAUACAAGGCUGCAGGAGGAAUAACACAAAGAUACCCAAUGCACCCAAAACCAGGAACAAUAGUGACCUUUACAUAAUGUUAACCAAGGGUAAUGUGCCGAUAUCACAAAGUUACUAAAACUCGCCGGUAGCAAAGUAUGAGUCAUUACUUCAUCCACUAAAAGGGAACUCGCAACGCACAACAGCAGUCAAACAACAACCAAAACACAAAUUGCUGGUAUGUAUAAAAUUCCUUUUUUAAGAAGUGACAAAAUAUAUUUCGAGGAAACCCAAAAAUCUAUCACCGCGCAUAAAUGAACAUAGAAAAGAUUCUAGAACAGAUCAACCAAUCAGUACAGAAGGUGACAAAUUUAUGAAAAGUGUUUAGAAAUUUUCCUUAUGACAGCUUUCAACACUAUUGCUCAUAACAAAUUAAGUCUUGGCUUUAGCCAAGCAACUGACAUAAUAAUUGUUGGGCAAAGUAUAUCGUCGUGGCCAACCAUCAAAUUGAAUCCUGAACAUUAAAAUGGUAUAAAAUACCGACAGAUUGUUAGG